UGGAAUCGAAGGUCUUGCUCUGUCUCUAUCCUAUGAACAAGCUGCUGUUCAUACACGUUUGGCUGCAUGUCUGUGUUGCAGUUACAGUGCCCCGGUCUCCAGUGACGUCACCUCCCGGCAGUGAUGUCACUCUCAGCUGCUCUUUCUCCUAUAAAGCGGGGGCUGAUCUCACCAGAGUGGUGGUUACCUGGCAACGCCCUCCUGCCGAUCAUGUCGUCCACAGUUUCUAUUACGGUCAGGACCAGCUGGCUCUGCAGAAUGAAACCUACAGGAAUCGGACCCAGCUGUUCCCAGAGCAGCUCAGUGUGGGGAACGCCUCCCUCAGACUGAAACAGGUGCGGGGGGAGGAUGAGGGCUGGUACACCUGCUCUGUCACCAACCAAGUGGAGAGCACCAAGGGAGACGUGCAGCUCAUAGUGGCAGCUGAAUUCAGCGAGCCUCAGCUGGUCGUUACUGACAGUCCGGACAGUCCAGACAAGGCUCUCCUGAGCUGCAUCUCCACAGGAUACCCCAGCGCUUCAGUGCAGUGGCUGAAUGAGACAGGAUGUGACAUCACAGAGAGCAGCAGGACUAGCCAAUCCCUGGCCAGGGAUGGGCUGGUGGAAAUCACAAGUCACAUUCUAGUGUCCAGGGAUGCUAAUUAUACCUGUGUUCUUACCCACAGCCGACUGAACCAAACCCUCAUGAAGACGAUCACCUUAACAAAGAAGGGUUAUCCGGACAGGCAUCGCAUUGUUUCAUGGGUUGUCUUGACAGUGGUAGGGGUAGCAACAGUGAUCAUUGCAAUCUGUCUGCUUUUCAAGCGCCGCUGUAUGCCAGCACACCAACAGAGCCAAUAGAAUAUGCCCUGUCUGAUUUAACGGGUUCCAGGGGUCCAUCAGAUGUGUAAAAGUAUCACAUCUCAGGGAGUUGUUCUCGUACAUUGCAGUUGCUUUAUUAACAGCUGGGCAGUAUUGAGCAAUACCGGACCGCUCAAGGGUGUAAUGCAGCCCUGACGCCACAGGCACCUUAUCGUCCCUGGAAGGUGCGGUAUUUCCCAAUAACGCCCAACCUGUCGGGUCGCUUAGAAAAUGGGCAACUGGUUACGAAAAAAAAAGACAGAAACAGAUUUUAUGGUUUAAAACUUGAACAUUCAGAGGCUCAAGGAUAUCUAUCCAGUUGAAAAGGCACUUAAACUGGUACUUUUU